GCCGUAAACAAGGCAAGGCGGCUCCUCCGCAUCUCUGCGGCCAAUCUCAGCUAAUCUGAAACUUCAAGAACCUUAAUUCAAUGAAUAAAAAAAUGUUCUCGGCAAUGCAUCUCAACAAAACUCAUUUCCAAUUUUACCGCAAAUUCUCUUCCAGACGAACUCCGCCUCCGAAUCUCCAAGCGUGCGUCGCAUCGCUUCAAUCAUGCGCGCAGAAUCGCGAGCUCUUGGAGGGUACAAAAGUCCACGCGCGUAUGAUCGUCAGCGGCCAUCUCUCUUCUCCGGUCUCCGCCACUAGCCUCAUCAAUAUGUACUCCAAAUGCAGCUCCAUCGCCGAUGCUGUAUCCGUUUUCAAUUCGUCCAAAGACGUUCACAACGUGUUUGUUUAUAAUUCUAUCAUAGCUGGAUUGACUGCUAACGAUUUUCCAUUUGAAGCCUUCGAAUUUUAUCGCAAAAUGCGGUCUUGUGGUGUAGAGCCGGAUAAAUUCACGUUUCCUUGUGCGAUUAAGGCGUGUUUGGAUGUUUCGGAAUUGAGGAAUAUUCAUGGGCUGAUAUACAAGUUUAAGUUGAAUUGUGAUCCGUAUAUAGGGAGCGCGUUGCUGCAUUGUUACUUGAAAUUUGAGGCGAUGUAUGAUGCAGAGCAACUGUUUGAAAGAAUGCCGGUAAGAUAUGAUACUGUGCUUUGGAAUGCUAUGAUCAAUGGAUUUGUGCAAAUUGGGGAGUUUGGUAAGGCCUUGGCUAUUUUUAGGAGGUUGGUUGAGAUGGGGCUUGUUCCAAACGAGUUCUCAGUCACUGGGGUGUUAUCAGCUUUGACCUUGGGUGCCGAUGUCUACAACGGCAAGGCAGUUCAUGCGUUUGUGAUUAAGAUGGGUCACGACGUGGGAAUAGAGUUUUCGAAUGUGCUCAUUGAUAUGUAUGGGAAAUGCAAGCACCUUGAUGCUGCAUUGCUGGUUUUUGACAAUAUGAUUGAGAGGGAUAUGUAUUCGUGGAACACGAUUGUUAGUCUUCAUGUGCGAUGGAAAGAUCAAAAUGAAGCUUUGAGACUCUUGAAGAUGAUGGUGAGCUCGGGGUUUCAGCCUGAUGUGGUGACUGUAACUGCUGCACUCCCUGCUUGCUCAUAUUUGUCAGCGUUGAUGCGUGGUAAGGAGAUACACGGCUAUAUGAUUUGCAAAGGGAUGCAUAAGUUAGGCAGUGUAAAUAUUGCUAAUGCUAUCAUGGAUAUGUAUGCAAAAUGUGGCAGUUUGAGGGAAGCGAGAAUGGUUUUUGACGAGACAGAAGUUAAGGAUGUUGCUUCAUGGAAUAUAAUUGUGAUGUGUUAUGGUAUGCACGGAUUUGGAGAAGAGGCGUUGAGUAUGUUUUCUCUCAUGUGUGAGGGCGGAUUGAAGCCCGAUGCAGUCUCCUUCGUUGGGGUAUUGACAGCCUGCAGCCAUGCGGGCUUUUUUAGCCGGGGGCAAGAGAUUCUUGCAGAAAUGCAGCCGAAAUAUGGUGUCACACCAGAUAUUACACACUAUGCUUGCGUGAUUGACAUGCUUGGUCGAGGUGGGAAGCUGGAGGAAGCAUUUGAACUGAUGUCGCACAUGCCAAUUGAGCCAAACCAUGUCGUGUGGAGGUCAUUCUUGGCUGCGUGUCAGGUCCAUGGCAAUGCUGACAUGGCAAAGAUUGCGGCUGAGAAGGUUCUUGAACUCGAGCCGAAUCACAGUGGGAAUUAUGUUUUGAUGUCUAAUGUUUUUGGAGCAGCUGGGAGAUAUGCAGAGGUGGCAGAGUUGAGGCAUGAGAUGAGGCAGAAAGAUGUGAAGAAAUCGCCCGGUUGUAGUUGGAUCGAACUGACUGAUGGUGUGCGCGUGUUCCUCAAUGGAGAUUGCGAAGAAAACUUUGACGAUGGAUUGGAUACACUAACUUUUUGCUUGCGAGAGCACAGCCUUACAGUAGAUGCUGUAGAGAGCUGGUUUUAGAAGUUGUGUAUGGUGAUUUGAACAGAUUGUGUAUUUCGCCCUUCACUUUGAAGUGAGGGAAUGAAUGCUUUUGUAGAUUGCAGCAUCAGCUCACUAUACUAUGAAGGUGCACUAACGUCAAGAUUAGCACUACUAUUUAUUCCUAUCAAUUGUGAGGUGUGGGCUUGAUGGCCAGUUUUAUGCUGAUGAUACCAUGACCACAUGCAGAAAGGCACAAAUUACCAUAUACUCCCAACAAACAUUUUGUAAGAUCAAUUAUGCAUGAUCCCACUUUUCAGUGUGUUGACAUUAGUAUGAAUUGGAGAUCAAACACAGAUUGGCCUCGUGCAUUUUGCUAAUGAUUAAAAUGAUCACCACAUAGUUCAUUGGAGAAAUCAGCUGCCAAAUUGAGUUUCGAGGCCAAAGAUCCUCAUAUGAAGCUUACUCUGUGAUGUGGAACACAGGCUUGGAACUGGAGGGGCUACGCUGAUAAAGGCUCACCCUUGGUUUGUGGAGGUUGAAUGGGAUCAAUUGUAUGAGAUGGAAGCAGCCUUCAAACCGGAUGUUAAUGGAGAGCUGGACACCUAGAACUUAAAUUUGAUGAAGUAUACUCUAGUCUCAAUGCUUAGCUAGAACUAUGAAGUAUCUCUAGUACUUUGGUUUUGGAUUAGAUAGUAUAUUAUCCGUAUAGGAUCUCAAACUUUAAGGCAUCUCUAAAUCAAAUCAAAAUCAAAUCAAAAUCAUGGGAAGUAUGUGGUAGGGAAAUUUGAGGGUAGUUUGCCCAGGUUAGUGAUGAAACUUGCUUUCUUUUGUGGCAGCCUCCUUAUCUUAUCUUAUUAUUAUUAUUAUUUUUUUUUUGGUGAUUCAAUAUAUUAAAUUUAAAAAACGAAGAAAGAGCAUGGGAGAUGUUACAUGAGGGCUGAGCCCCCUACGAAAACCUAACACACACACCAAUCCACAAUUGAUUGGUGCGGGAUAGCCAUGGACAUGCCCAUGGUCAACAAAAAAAACUAAGCCCUAACUUCAAUCUUAAGCAAAACCAUACAAAUCGGACUUGAAUGCUACUAGUCUUCAACGUUGAUGGCUUGCGGGUAUUACUCCAACAGGGGAUCCCAAACAUGGGCCUUAACUUCCACUCAAGCGUGUCUAUGAAUGAAUUUUCGGCCUCGGGCUAAGGUGUCGUCUAGCACGUAAC